UCGCGCGUGCCUCUGUUGCAGGUGAUGGGGCUGAUGGCUACGGGUGACGGGCCGCACACGCACGUCAUCACCAGCAACAUAAUGUCGCCGUCGGUGAGGUCCGCCGGGGCGCACCGGGGCCUCGGAGGCCCCCUAGGGGGCCACGACCUGUCGUCCCUCAAGGACGAGGAGGAGGACGAGGGGUCGGCGGGGGAGGAGGACGCCAUGUCCGUCGACGGCGACCUGGAGCAGCACCACCACCAUCACCACAUCAAGCAGGACCUGUCGGUGAUCGUGCCCAACCCGGACGACAACUCGCAUGACGAUGACUCGCAGUUCCUGAGCCCCAACUCGCAGUCGCCCGGGUCACCGGGCUCCAUGCUGGACCAGGAGCCGACGUAUCAGACGCUGACCUCCAUGAACCUGUCUCCGUCGCGGUAUAGCCCGACGUCCUCGUCGUACGCCACGCUUACGCCGCUGCAGCCACUGCCACCCAUAUCCACCAUUUCGGCCGACAAGUUCACCUCCUACACGCACAUGGGUUCCUUCACCGUGCUCGGCUCGCCAUACGGCUACGACAAGAUGUCAUCGCUGAGUAUGUCGCCGCCGCACCACUACGAGUCGUCGCCCGGCACCGACCUCGUGUCCAUCGAGAUCCCGCACGACGACCCGGGCGGCAUGGAGGCUCCCCUCACGCCCACCAGCUCGUACAGCCAGAACGGCGGCCUCGGUUCGCCGCACCACUCGCUGUCGCCCACGGAUUACGACGCGGCCGAGUACGCCGCGGACGCGGGCCUCGACGAGCCGACGGCGGGCUUGAGCGCAGACAGCAACGUCAUCGUGUACCCGGGGCCGCCGGCACUGCAGGUGGCCACGCUCCCCAUCAGCGUGAGCACAAACUCGUUGACGUCCUCGCACUGCGACGCCCUGGUCGUGGUGAGCUCGCCGCCCACCUUGCUGCCCAUGACGACGCACGUCACGUCGGUGCCCACCAUCGUGCCGCAGCAGACGCCGGUCGUGGUACGCCACGUCACGUCCGUGCCCACCAUCACCAAGGUGGUGACGCAGCCGGCGGCCGCCGUCAGCCCCGGCAGCAGCAGCCUGUCGGGGGGCGCGCUGUCGCCGCUGCCGCCCGACAUGGAGGAGAUCAACACCAAGGAGCUGGCGCAGCGCAUCUCCGCCGAGCUCAAGCGCUACUCCAUCCCGCAGGCCAUUUUUGCGCAGCGCGUGCUGUGCCGGUCGCAGGGCACGCUCAGCGACCUGCUGCGCAACCCCAAGCCCUGGUCGAAGCUCAAGUCGGGCCGGGAGACGUUCCGCCGCAUGUGGAAGUGGCUGCAGGAGCCAGAGCUGCAGCGCAUGUCCGCGCUGAGGCUCGCCGCCGCACAGGUGCCCCAGCAGCAGCGCCCCAAGCGCCGGCCCGGCGAGGACCCCGACAGCGACUCCGAGUCCACCGUGCACAAGAAGCCCCGUCUCGUCUUCACCGACCUCCAGAGGAGGACGCUGCAGGCCAUCUUCAAGGAGACCAAGCGGCCGUCCAAGGAGAUGCAGGUGACCAUCGCGCGCCAACUCGGUCUCGAGCCUACCACGGUCGGCAACUUCUUCAUGAAUGCGCGGCGCCGCUCCAUGGACAAGUGGCGGGAGGACUCGCCCGACAAGGACAUGCACCACCAGAUGCACUUCCACGACGACGACGGCUCCAACAUGGGCUCGGUGCUGUCGGACGGCGGCUCGCUCAGCGGCCUCCAGUCGGACCUGAACGCCGACCUGCACGACCAGGACCUGCAGGGAGACCCGCUGCAACACGACUUGUGACACGACGCCGGCUACUCCGACGAGCAGCACUUGGCCUUCAUGUGAGGCGAGCGGGGGCGGGGAGGCGGACGCCAGGCCCACGGCGGUGCGUCCUUCCUCUCCGGUCUCGACUUCUCAGUGUCAUUGCGAAGCCAGAGGAGUAGCGGGCUGCGGGAGCCAGCCCACCUUACCAGCCUAGUCAUCGAGUGUGACGCGAGUGUGUGCGUGCAUGAGUGAGUGUGAGUGAGUGCGGGUGUCAUGUGUCACACGCGGGGGAAGAUUUUAAAGCGUUUCCCAAAGGGGCCACACUGAACAAGAAUCGUCAAGUUGGCUGUACGACUGUUAAAGUAGCAUUCAUUUUAGUAGUACGUCUGUAUUAGAUGUUGUCGCGUUCCUUCAAUCUAGUCACUUAUUAGGACUGAUGUGUUCGUUACCCAGGGCGAAUGUGUUGUGUAUUUCAAAGGGUGCGUUUUCAGGCAGUCAAAGCUUGAAGAUUUGUUUCUUUGUUAGUUUGUUGUGACCUUCUGCAAUACACACUUUGCAAUCACUUCGCGUCUAAUUUAAUUUAUCUAUCGAGUCAUCUCCUAUUUCUAGGAGAGUGAACUGAUUCUAGUCCAAUAAUUUCUUAAUUGAUUGCUAAACAGAGUAAAUAGAGUUUUUAUCGUGGAACUUUACAUUCCUAGCUGAAUUAUUUUUAAAUUAGGGAAAAAAGCAAGUAGACAAUAAAAUUGUGAAACAAUGAACAUACGAAGAAGUAUUUGAGCUAGCAACUUUUUAGAAGACUUCCAAAGAGUUUGUCUGAUAAAAUAACACUGUAAAAUGGCAACGCCUAUUUCUAGGCUUUUAAACAUUGUCAGCGGCGAACUUCGUAAGGAUAGCAGAUCUGUACUUAAUAGUUUUGUUAAUAAAUAACUAAAAGGUCUUCGAUUUAAGCCAUUUUUAUAGAGGCGGACUUUUCUCUACUUUAAGUAGAAGUACUGAUGCCACACUGACCUAGUCUAUCGUGCUGAUAUCUAUCUGGAUCACAAUAAGAGGAAAAUUUAGAAAAAUAGAGGAUAGGGAAUGGAAAGUCAAGGCAGGAAGACAGAUUGGCCUUUCAUGCCUCUUCUUGAGUUGCGAAUGCAAUACGCUUUCCCUGAGUAUAUCUUUUGAUAAACAGUCAUUUUCGCAGAAUGCGCUUAGGGCUGGGAAUGACAAUAGCAAACUAAUUCCUGCUAAAGUAACUCUUUUAUAAAUUAAUGGAAUACUAUCGCAAUCAAGUGCCCUUCCCAAUGUAAUAAAAUACCUAAAUUCAUAUCAAAUAAUGAUAGACAAAAAAAUCGUUGUGUAGAUAAAUCACUUCUGAUUUUGUUAAGAUAAAUCACCUUGUAAGGAAGAGGGCCCAUUUAUCCCAAAUUGAACCUAGCUUGUCUCUCUUCAUUGUGGAGGCCUGUAUCUUUAAUUACUUGCUUUUAAGCCAAAUACUCAAGUGUGUGACAUAGUAUUAUUCUAAUUCACGUGUGUAAUAAGAGACACAG